AUGCGUUUUUUUGAGAAAUAUUGCACAAGAAAGGAUUCGAGAGGAAGAGAAAAAGCAGUGACAGGUACAAGAGCUACAAGAACGUUACCAGCAGGUCAAAGACUGCGUGAUUACAAUGCUCCAGUGUUAUUUCCAGAGUAUCAUGCAUUUCCAACAGCUGCUGUGAUUACUGGAACCGAUGCAACGUCAAGUAAUUUGUGGAUACAGCCACUCAUGCAGAAGUUACGACGGACAUUCCCGUUGUGUGUCCUCGUACCUCGUGAUGUGAUAAAUGCUCGACGAUUUAUUGAGUGGCUAGCUGCAAAGUUAGCAAAAUUGUGUGAUGCAAAGCAAAAGGAAGAGCAGUGGCUUGAAGGCCUCGUGGAACAUUUUGAUCUGCUGCCAUUGGAUAAGCCACCAGUAGCUUUAGAAAAAAGUGGUCGAGGACUGACACGGCACGAACAAGCAAAGAUAGCACGAGUGACUACUGGAAUGGUCUGUGGUAAAGAAUGGGACGAAAUAGAUGAGCGGAGUGAUGAUAGCUCCUACGAUUCGAGUUUCGCGUCAGAGGAGAGUAGUAAUGACACGGACUUUGGCUCAUCAGGGAGGAAGAAACGAAAACGACGACUUGUACCGGUAUUGUAUAGGCGAUGGACGAUCUCGAAGCUGCUGUCGACGAUUAAGCGCGAUAGUGAUGUACUUUUGUCGCCUACCUGUGGCAACACAUGCAGUGAGUGGGUUGCUAUGCUUGGUGAGUUGGUACACGACCGAUUACAGGAGGCAUUGACUUGGGUGAAGAAGUUACAAGAGAAGGAGGAAGAAAUGGUGUUUUGGAGCAUUGCUUGCUUUGAUGAAGCGGUAGUGUGGCUGCAGCGUAAGAUCGUGACGGCUCAAGAUACAGCAGCUAAGCUACUUAAUGCUGCACCAGAAGUAACUAACCGCUCCACUUUUCAUGUUGGCAUCACGGAGAUGGCAUUAGCAGUAAUGCUUCAACGUGUGUUUCGUCAGUACGUGUCAUUUCUGGAGGAAUGCACGAUCGAUCGAAAUAUGAUCAACGAUCGACGGAGAUCUGUUAAGCAGAAAAUGCUCAAUCAUGAAAAUCACUAUUCUCUAAAGAGCCAUAGUGGAAUAGAGAUCACAACACCGGCGCAGGCAUCUGGUACUCCUCAGCCAUUUUUGUUGUUGUGUAUUGAGCAACUCGAAGCAUUUUCACAGCAAGUGUUUGGCGAUUUCUUGGAUAUUUGGGAACACUUCGUACGACAACAGCACAAUAAUUCUGAUGCGAGUACAAUGAGCGGCACACUAGGGUUCGUAAUUGGAGUGGCCUCAGCUACCUCACCAGCACUACGACGUUUGGAUUUGGCGGUAACCAACCGGCUGGAACUUCAGUUUUUUUCUCUUGUUGACUCGCAAAAGUGUUUUGAUGAUGUGUUAGAGUCGUUAGUUGUGAAAUCAAAGCUACCGUUUUCAUACAGCGGUGAAGUACUUCGAGCUAUUGCGAGCCGACAUGUUCGUGUACCAAGCGUUCCGCGUCUCCUACUUACGCUGCGAUAUUUGCUGUUCACACAUUUUAAACGUUGUCCGUGGAGUUUUCUCGCACUUGCUGUAAAUGACGUUCCGUCGUCAGGCGAAUCUCCUAUCUUGGUAGCUGCCGACAUUGCACCAUUACCACAUCGUGUGUCUGUUUGGAUUAAGCGUCAUCGUCGAAAUUUAACCCGUGAAGCACAAGGAAGGUCUGCUGGGUCUAGAUCAUCUCUUGCCUUAUGGCUCGCUUCAUGUAGUGCUUUUGAGCUGAGAGACUUGGAGUCACGAGUGAUGCCGUCCUCUCGUGGUACGAUUGCGAGUGAUAGUAACUGGAUAGCUGAAUUGGAGAUGGCAGUACUGAAUGAACGUCGCCGUCGAGCUCGGUGGCGUAUGGGUUGGGAAUGUUUUCGUUCUACUUGUUCGUGGUUAGACGUUCGCAUUGAUCGUAGCAAGACGACAAAAUACGAUGAGCACGAGGAUAUUGCAGUGAUGCAUUUGGGUCUAGCACUAGACGGUCGAUUGGGUGAAGCACCAGGUUUUCUCAAAGUUUUGAAGCGCUUGCAAACUUGUCGAUGGGCUGUACUUUCUGGAAUGAUUGAAGAUUGGCGUGUUUCGUUUCGUGUGUUUGGUAUGUCUGAUGAUGAUAAUCAAGAGAUGGAAAAGACGUUGGGUGAAUUGGGACUGUUGUGUGCGUAUGCAAGAAUGGAGAAAGUAUCGAUAAAGAUUGAAACAGCAUUACGACAGGAACUUGUGACUGUUUUUACAGUUGAAUUAGUUGCUGAGCUUUUAGUAUCACGACUAAAGUCUCCCGUUCUUUCUCAUGGUGGUGGUGCUGGUGCUGGUGACAUAUUGAUGUUACAAUGGUCUCGAUUGACAAGUGUCAAAGUAUUGGAAGACCGAUUACGUGUCAAGCAUUAUGAGAAUUUGUGUACAUUAUUACAAGAAAUGGGUCUGAAAGAAGACAACGAGAUGACUUUAUGGGUACAGGAUGCAGGUCUUGCGUAUUUAUUUUAUCAAGAAUAUCCAGGUACAAGUUUAAGUCUUUCUGAAUGGUAUGAAUGUUUUGCAUUGGAGAUAAAGAAUCAAGAAGACAAGAUAUUUAGAGAACGAGGGGAUGAGAGACGGAUCAAAUCUCGCUUUGUGCGGGCAUUUUGUACGUUACGUCAUUGGGGAUUUCUUAAAGAUGAUACUCUUCGUGAUCAAGAGCAGGAUAUUCUUGAAAAAUUAGUUUUUCUCUAA